GGCCCCCGGCCGGGCAGGGCCGGGCAGCCAUUUUGGGCAGAGCUUUGUUAUGGUUCUGGGGCCGCAGGAGGCAGCGAGAGGGGCCUGACCGUGACUACAGUUCCUGUCUCACUUCUUUGAUGGAAGAGGACUAUGACCCAGAAGUGAAUUCUCCACUGUAGAACAGGAAGCUCUUGUGGAAUAAUUUGUGUCCCUUUAAAAGCAGCACCUAGUCUACAAAAGAUAGAAUAGAAGAGACUAUUUUUUGACCUGACCUUUUCUUUUUGUUCAUGCAACUUAUGUUUCAGCAUGUAAAUGGUGAAAAACAGGGAGAUAAACAUUUGUGCCUGCUUUUGAGCUUUAUAUUAAAUAGUGCUUAGCUCUGUGGAGCAUUAACCACGUUACGUGAAGACCAGAGUAUAUCCUAACAUUAAUUUUUUUAAAUACUAUCUUUUUUUUUUUUUUUAGCAGAUGUAUGUGAUAAAAAUGAAAUUUAUAUUUUAAGAGCACUUGAGCAGAUGCUUUUUGUUUAGAUCUCAGCAAUCGGGGCAAACAUUUUUAUGUAACGUUGUUCUUUUCCAGAGUGUUCAAGUCGAUCUGCUGCAGAUCAUGAAUUAUCCAGCAGACUUGAGUGUAUCUGUUCAGUAUUAACCAUGGUGUUGCUCUGAAUGUUGUCAUGCAGACUUGACAAACAUUUUUGUAAUGUAAAGGCAGACUUCUAUACUACCACGACCAGAGGAAAUUAAUGAGGUGAACGUGGUCGUGGCUUUUUUUUUUUAAAUAUAAAUUACCUUAGGUAUUUUUUUUUGUAGUGAGAGUGCAAGGAGAGGUUAAAAUGAGCAGCUGAGGGGGAGAAGGGCACAGUUGGCACGAAGUGCGGCCUCUUGUGCUCAGCUUCAAGACGCACUGUUGCCUCAAGGCUGGCCUUACAGCAUACUGCAGAAGGAAGGAACCUAAAAGUUAGCAAAGCACAGAAACUAGGGACACUAGACUACAGAGGCCAAAAUCAGGAUCCUGGCCAUGAGGUUUGAUGCCUCGUUUUAUUGAAGGGAGACACUGGACCUAAAUGGCGCAGCAUGACUUUGUUCCUGCCUGGCUUAACUUCUCAACGCCACAGUCAACCAAGUCCCCUGCAGCCACCUUUGAGAAACAUGGAGAGCAUCUUCCAAGGGGAGAGGGCCGCUUUGGGGUGAGCCGUAGGAGACACAACUCUUCUGAUGGAUUUUUCAAUAAUGGGCCCCUCCGAGCUGCUGGAGACUGCUGGCAUCAGCCAUCCCUUCUCCGCCAUGAUUCUGUAGAUUCUGGUGUUUCUAAAGGAGCUCAUGUUGGGCUUUCUGGCAGUCAGCCUGGCUGGCAUGGUACCUCACGGGGCCAUGAUGGUGUGAAUCAGCGUGGUGGAGGAGGAACUGGAGUUCAUCGCCACUGGAAUGGCAACUUCCAUUCUCGGAAAAGUUCCGCCUUUCAAGAAAAGCUGCCUGUUGAAUCCAGGGAAGAGAAGAAGGAAGAUAAGGAGCAGUUGCAGUUUGAGGAAGAAGACUUUCCAUCUUUGAAUCCAGAAGCUGGAAGACACAACAACCAGAACAAACCAUUAGGAACACCUUCUGGAGUAUGGGAAAACCCCCCUAGUGCCAAGCAACCUACCAAGAUGCUGGUCAUCAAAAAGGUUUCAAAAGAGGAUCCUGCCGCUGCCUUCUCAGCUGCAUUUACAUCACCUGUUUCUCACCUGGCAAAUGGCAACAAAGCCACCACCAUUGUCCCAAGUGUCUACAAAAAUCUGGUUCCUAAACCUGCAGCUCCUCCUUCCAAGCCAAGUCCAUGGAAAGCCAACAGAAGUGAACAUAAACCAGGCUCGCUUUCCUCCAGCCGUGACUCUGCUUUUACCAGUCCAGUGUCUGUAACCAAACCAGCGGUACUGGCGAGUGGCUCAGUCCUCACCUCUCCCAAAGAGAGUCCUUCCAGCACCACCCCUCCCAUUGAGAUCUGCUCUUCACGCCUGACAAAGCUGAUGCGCCGUACCACUGAUAAAAAGAGUGAAUUUCUGAAGGCACUGAAAGAUGAUAGGAAUGGGGAGAUAACAGAGAACAGAGAAUGCGACAAGCUGGAUGAUAUGGAGAGCAACAGCACACCAGAACCAAAGGAAAACUGGGAAGAGAAUUGCCAUCAGAAUGGCCUUUCUCUCCCUUUGCCGGAGGAGGGGGAAAACCUCUCCCAUUCAUUGGAAGCAGAACACAGGUUACUGAAAGAAAUGGGAUGGCAGGAAUAUCCUGAAAAUGAUGAGAACUACCUUCCCCUCACGGAGGAUGAGCUCAAAGAGUUCCAAAUUAAAUCAGAGCAGCGAAGAAGAAACGGAUAUGGGAAGAAUGGAUUUCUUCAGGGCCGCGGCUCCAGCCUGUUCCACUGGAGAAGCACUUUUAAGACAAAGAUUGAGGACUCAGACACAGAAACUAGUAGCAGCGAAACGUCAGAUGACGAUGCCUGAAAGUGGGCACAAGAAAAUUUAAAAUAAAUAAAACCAACCCAAUAAACUCAGUUCAUAGUUCAACAUGUGUUCGGGGUUGUAUAAACUAAACAGAGUUUAUUCUGUCUCCAGUCUGUUCAGUUUUUUCUUUUGUUGUUGAUACUUCAUGCACAAGGGAAAUAAUUGUAUCCCAAAGAAGAGAGAAAUUGGCUUCUUUAGCUUUUUCUUUUGGUUUUGCCCUAAUGCUUAAUAGAAGUUUGUGCAGCUAGCAAAUUUUGACAAGAAUCCCUUGUGGGGCAGUGCACAAGUUCAGUCUUGUAAGCAGGACACAAGUGGCUGACUGAUCUUUGCAACAACAAGCUUCUAACAGUGCCGCCCGCAUUACAUAAUGUCGUGCGGUACCAGUGUGCUAAAACAAUCAUUGUCAAUGACAAAAUGGCUAUUGAAGUUCUAAUUAUGUUAAAUUAAUGCUAAUAACAUGAAUUUUCUCUUUUUUUAAUGGAUUUUUUUUGGCGGCUCGGGGAGCUUCAUCACUUAACCAGGCGUUUGUGGUUUUCUUUUUAUUUUUUUUUUCUUUUUCCUUUUUUUUUUCUUUUCUUUUUUUUUUGGGUACAGCUGUAAAAUAUUUGGAUAUAGGAAUUGUUUGUGUUCUUCUUCUUGCAGCCUUGAUAUUCAGGGUGGAUUGUAAAAUAUAAAUUUUUUGUGAGAUUUCAAAGAUUAAGAUUAUUUUGAUAACAUUAUUUACAGAUUUAAAAAAGUGACUAUCACAUUGAGUCUGUAUGAGGGGGAAAAAAACUACUGCAUCAAAAAUAACUAACUUGGAAUAAAUAUUUUGCAUCAGUUUGCCAAUUCUAAUUGUCUUUCUUAUGUAAGAAAAAAGCUUUCCUCUAAAGGGACCUGCAACUUUGGGGGCUUAAUAUAGCACUGGGGAUAAAAAGUUUCUUCUCCCGCUGUAUUUUUUCCACUUGGCAAACAUUGCUGUAGCGCUCAGACUGCAGGAGCUGAACUCUUCCUUUUAAGAAGGGAGAGGGAGAACAAUGGUGAGAUGAUAGCCCAUCUUUGUUUUGUUGUGUUUUGGGGUGUUUUGGGUUUGUUUGGUUGGUUGUUUUUUUUUUUUUUCCAAAAGAAAUUAAAGAAAAUAAUUCAAAUUAUCUUCCACUAAAGCAGUUUGCUUUUCUUUUUUCUUUUCUGCUUCAUCCAAAAUCGUGAAGCUCGACUGAUCGGUGUCACUUGUUCCUAGUGCAAUGCUGCUGUUUAUGUUCACAAUGUGGCAAGGGAAUGUCUGAAUCCAAAGCUGUUUUCAUUGAAAUCUUUUUUAAAAAUUCAUGAAAACAUUUCUAUUAGAUUAAAAAGGAUUUUACAAACAA